AUGGGGAGGUGGGAGGAUAACAGUUGGGUCUGGGGGCUACAGGACUACAUUUUGCAACAUGAUCAUGAGGUUGCGGAGGAGCUGCAGGAGCUGUGCUGCAUCCUAACAGAUGUAACACCAAUUUGGAAUGGUGAGGAUAGGUUCGUUUGGUCUCUCGGGGCUACGGGUGGGUAUGUGGUGGGGGAGUUCUAUAAUAAAUUGUUGUCGGAGUAUAGGGUGGUGGUGGAGCAGCUUGACGUUAAGGAAGCCCUGAAAGUAUUGUGGCAGUCAUGGAUGCCGUUGAAAGUCAAAAUUUUCGGAUGGAGAUUAUUGAAGGACAGAUUAGCAACAAAAGAACAGCUGAUUAGAAGAGGUAUAAUUGAGCCUAAUGAUGAAAGACUCUGCGUUUUUGGUUGUGGCCUUUUAGAAGAUUCUAAAUACUUAUUCCUAAAUUGUCCAAUUAUAAGAAGGGUGUGGAGGAAAAUCUUGGAUUGGCUUGGUUUGCAUGAUAUAACAGGUGCUGACUGUAUUGGCCAUUUUAUGCAUAUGAUGGAAAUUAUGAGGAGCUAUUGUUCACUUCGUAGAGCAGUGGUCUUUUGGAUGGCCUCAUGCUGGAGUAUUUGGAAACAGAGAAAUGAUAUUCCGUUUAACAAUGCUGUUGGAGAUAUUGAGGAAAUUGUUCAUAGUAUCAAGAUGUACUCUUGGUGGUGGCUAGAUUUGGGAACAAAACAUAGAGUAUAUUGUAAUUUUUAUGAAUGGAAUCAUAGUCCUUUAGAUUUUAUUUAG